CGUGCAGCGAACUGAGCUAAACCGCGACGUAUAGGCGGCUUCACAGACAACAAAGCAGUGUAGUCCGGGAGUUAGCUGGAAAUUUCAAAGCUCUUGUUAUAGCGGACGUCGUCACAGUAAAAAAGGUGUAGGUUUUAUAUUAGCAUUAGGAAAUGGUCAAGUAGCUACUGUGAGCCAGUGUGACCUGCAGAGUGCUCAUUGCCAGCAUGUUUCUUUUUCACCAAGCAAAAGCUCAUGCUUGAUAUCAACUUUUUAAAAGGGGAAACAACUUCAUCAGCUUUAUACUUUAUAGCUUCACUCUGUUACCACGACAACUAUUUGGGAUUUCUUCCGAAGAAUUUCUGUCACAUGUUUAGUUGAGCCAGAAGUUGAUUCGGACAGGGAAGUGUAGGCUGAUUGUAUCACCACAUAAAAAACAUAGUAGACUGUUAAGGGAGUCUGCACAUUCAUUUUAACAGAGAGAGCACGAGAGCAUGAUGGCAUCCACCUGGAGCCGGUAUCACUUUCUAACUCAAAGGUUUUCCCUCGGUCUGCUGCUGUCUCUAGUUCUGACGUUGACUUGGCCCUUCACUGUCACAGGAAGUCGUCUCCCAGGGGAGGUCGGUGGAAAUGUGACUUUUCACUGCUCUGGUAAAUCAGUAAAGCACAUUGACUUUCUUUACCUCCAAAAAGACAACGUCUUUGUUAAUGGAUAUCAUGCAUCUAAAGAACUACGAACAACGUGGAACAACACAAAGUUUGAUCAAAACACUUCAUCUGUGUUCAUGGAUAACCUAAAGGUCUCACACAGUGGGGAAUACAAAUGUCUCAUUCGGUACAAAGAUGAGCAGCAUAUUAACGAAGACUCAAUAACCCUCAAUGUUACAGCAAAGUACAGCAGACCUGUAUUCAGUCCUCCAGUCUGCGACAAGGAAACCCAGGGUCAGAAUUGCCAAACAACGUGUACAUCAAAUAAUGGAUACCCAAAAUCCAGCAUGAUAAUUCAGGCUAUAGUUACCAGCACUAAUGAUACCAUCAGGCAGACAUGGGAACAUGUGAAGUCGGUCCAAUCCCCAAAUUCAAGUACUUUGCUGUAUAACAUUGCCACCACUGUGAGUUAUAACUGCUCGAACGGGGAGAUAAAGUUCAGCUGCUCCGUGGGUGACGUCACUUCAGAUGAGAUCUCAGUCUGUGCUCAUCAGACACAACACGGCAUUGAUAUAGUAAUUGUGACAGCCAUUUUUAUACUGGUGGUGGUGGUGGUCAUGAUUGCAGGUUUUUUGUGCUGGAGAAGACGGACAGGAGGCAGUAUGAGGCUAGAGAGAGUAAAUACAAAUGAGGCGGUGGAAAUAUCACUUUGUGAAAAAAAUGGAGAAAAAGAAGCUGCUUGAGGGGUGAACCAGUGAAGGACAACAUUAAAUCAACGUUCAAGGAUCUAGAGCGACAGAUAUUGUCUCCUCAGUGUCAAUUACACACUGUGAUCAACUGGUUCCAUGCAAAAUAGGAAUAACCUCACCGGUCCUCGCCAAGAGUGAGUGACUAUCACCAGGAACUGCAUGCUAUUAACAUUUCACACUCGACACUUGUGACUUUUAAGUGUUUGAGGAAGUAUCAUAUCUUGUUCUUUUACUGGUGAAGCAAAGUGCGUCACUAAAGUGAGAAUGACUGACUUCACUAUGUAAAAGCAAAAAAACAGAGACUUUAUCAGCGGUGUGCGGUCAGGUUGUUGAAUACUGGAAAACUGUGACAGAAAUACCUCCUGACGCCAUGUGAUGAAAGAUGAAAAACAAGAAGUUGGAGGAAUUAUAGAUAUGUAUGUUUGUAUUUGUAUACUAUGUAUAUGUGUACUUUGUUGUUACACCAACCGCUGCGGGAAGAACCUGGCACACUUGCUACAAUGGUCACUUGAGGACUAUGAGUCAUUUAAAAAAAUACUGUCAUUGCUGCACUUUAAAAUCCCCUUCUGUACAUUCCUUCUGUAGCCAAUUUUUAAUGUUUUUUUCCCUAGAUUUUUAAACAACAGUGUAAAUACUAUAUAUUUUUUUAUUUUAAUAAACAAAAAAGAAAAGUCCACAGUCAUCUUAGUGUUGAUUUUUUUUUGGUUUUGUUUAUUUUUUAAUAGAAUAGUACUACAUUGGGGUCAGAAAUAAUAACUGACAUAUACUGAAAAAAGUAUGGAUGAAGAAAAGGUGGAAUUCACAACAUUUUGUGGACAUUAACUUGUCAAUUUUAAGCAAAUUUUGUGUAUUGUGCAGUAAGUUCCAGUAUUUCCAGAGUUCCUUGUAAGGUGCAAUGUUGAAUACAAGGGAAAUGUGUUUUUUCUGUAUUUUAUUUAAAUGGCUGUUAAAUGUUCCCUAAUUGGGGAUAUUGCGGUCUUCUCCACAAUUCUGAUGUUUUCUCAGGUGACUGUUCUCAGGUUAUCACAUGUAACCUUUUGUAUGCUAUUAAGCAUAAUAUUUAUUUCAGUCUAACUUUUACUUCCUUGAAGAUAUUUAUCGGUAAAAUGUUUGUGAUAUUUACAGUUUUUGGUAAGAGGAGCCAGUCUGUUAUUCCCCAUUCCCUGGAAUUACCAAAAAUUCUCUAAAGGGUGUUUUCAUUUCCUAAAUCUGCAUGAAACACUCUUGUUCGGUGCCUAAUUUAUCUUUUUUUUUGUUUUUAGAAUUUCAAAUUCUGUCUGUAUCCCUUUUCAACCAAUAAAAGUUGUGUAAUUUAA